CUUACAGCAUCAUCAGCAGCUACAGUGUGAAGCUUCGUCGAAUGCGGACGCCAUUGUUUAUUUUUCUCCGCUAAGCAGAAAAUUCCCUUUCUCCCGGUAGUUUUCAAACGAGAAAAUACUCGAUUUUUAAUAGCUUCCGCAGUGCACAGUGCCAAAGUGAUAAAGUUUGCAGUGUAGGUAUGUCCCUAGAAGGUCGUCGAAAAUUGAAAUCUCGUCACGGCGUGAAGAGCAUAGCAAACAUCAUUAGUGGCCAGCGAACAAACGCGAAGUUCGCGAGUUGAACAUUGUUCUACAGUAGAACGGGAGCGAACGUAGCAUCGCAAGGAAAAAAAUAUAUGAAUAGUGAAAAAGUGCUAGAUUUUUCAAUGAAAACUCUUAUUGUUGUUUGUCGAGUGCGGAAGGUUCUGUUCGGUAACGUGUAGUUUACUACGAAGAAAUCAAUUGCCGAAUUCGUUUGAUUCAGCGAAGGAAAAAAUCUACGAUAUGACAGCCAAUUUGGAGUCGUCCGGGGGAACCGAAUUGGUUCCAGCUUGCACCAAGAAUAAUGCAAUUCUGCGAUGGAAACGCGUUACCAACCCAAGUGGACCGCAACCUCGGCCUCGCCAUGGACACCGGGCCGUUAAUAUUAAGGAACUAAUGGUUGUUUUCGGUGGUGGUAAUGAAGGAAUUGUUGAUGAACUCCAUGUCUACAAUACAGCUACCAAUCAAUGGUAUGUACCGGCUACCAAGGGAGACGUUCCACCGGGAUGCGCUGCAUACGGGUUUGUUGUGGAUGGAACGCGAAUUCUCGUUUUCGGUGGCAUGGUCGAGUAUGGCAAAUACUCCAACGAACUGUACGAACUUCAGGCAACCAAGUGGGAAUGGAAAAAACUGAAACCGAAACCACCAGAGUCCGGAUUGCCUCCUUGCCGACGGUUGGGUCAUAGUUUCACCCUGGUCGGCGAUAAGAUUUAUCUGUUCGGAGGCCUCGCUAACGAAAGUGACGAUCCCAAAAACAAUAUUCCUAAAUAUUUGAAUGAUCUGUACAUUCUGGAGAUAAAGAACAAUCAGUUACAGUGGGAAAUUCCGACGACCUUCGGGGAGAGUCCUCCACCACGUGAAUCUCACACGGCUGUAUCAUGGUUUGAUAAAAAAUUGAAAAAGUACUGGUUGGUGAUCUACGGUGGCAUGUCUGGAUGUCGGCUGGGAGAUCUUUGGCUGCUGGACACGGACACAAUGUCAUGGACAAGGCCAAGAACGAGCGGUCCGUUACCGUUGCCACGGUCUUUGCACAGUUCAACCUUGAUCGGCAAUCGAAUGUACGUGUUCGGAGGUUGGGUUCCUCUGGUUAUGGAAGAUGUGAAGGUCGAAAAACACGAGAAAGAAUGGAAGUGUACCAAUUCGCUUGCCUGUUUGAAUCUCGAAACGAUGACUUGGGAAGAGUUGGAUCUGGACACUGAGGAAGAUAAUAUGCCCCGGGCUCGAGCGGGUCAUUGUGCCGUUGGCAUCCACACGCGGCUGUACAUCUGGUCCGGACGCGAUGGCUACAGGAAGGCCUGGAACAACCAGGUCAGGGUGUGCUGCAAAGAUCUUUGGUUCCUCGAAGUGGAACGACCGGCGACGGCAUCCCGCGUCCAGCUGGUUCGUGCUUCUACGCAUUCACUGGAGCUAUGCUGGCCGUCCGUUCCAUCGGCCGCGCAGUACAUUCUCGAGGUUCAGAAGAUUCCUCAACCGACGCCACCUCCUCCGACGACACCGGCAUCCACACCGGUACCGAACAUAACUCCAACGGCGGCAGCUUCUCCGGCGCUUGUUUCCCCGGUGGCAUCACUGGCCUCGCCGGUCGCCGGAUCAAUGUCUCCGGCUAGGGAGCCAUCGUUACAGCAGCCAAUCAUCAAAACUCUUCCGGGACGAGCUGCUGCAUCUUCGAUUGCUGUAUCGCCAUCGCCCGUAGCCGUGCAGGUUGCAUCACAAUUGGCGGGUUCCGCAGGAUCUAGCAUCCACCAGAACGCAAACCAAAUCAUUGGCAGCCCAGUUCACAAUCCACCAGGCAUGCAGUCACCGACGCCGGUAGCCGUGGCCGUUCCAUCCUCUCCCGUACACAGUGUAACAUCACCUACGGUGCAACGUAUCGUAACUAAGGUUCAAACCCCCAAGCCAAUCCAACAGCAGCAGACACAGCAGAAGGUGUUAGGGUCAACAUCAACGAUUCUGCAACAGCAACCAACUCAGAUUAUUCAGACUCAAGUGCAAGGUGGCCCGAGUCUGCAGCAACAGCAGAUUACACAAAUCACCCAGCAGCCACAGACCAUUCGUGUGGUUAGCGGAACCGCUAUUUCCAAUGCCCAACAAAUUGCAACUGGUGGUGGAACACCGAUCCGAGUGUUGUCAUCCACCGGGCAACAGGUGCGCAUUGCCACUCAACAACCCCUGGUCAGUGUUAGUACGGCCACUGGUCAGCAAACUGCAACCGUUCUGCGCGGUCAGAACAUUGUAACGGCAGGAACACAUCUGCAGGCACAGCAGCGUAUUGUCAGCGCUUCCGGAGCAACAACGACGACGGCCACCAUCGGUGGUAAGCAGAUUAUCCUUCAGAAACCGCUAACCAUCGUUGGUGGUGCCGGUGGUCAAGCGACUGGCACAAUCAAUACUGCCGGUGGAAUGACGGUCAAUCAACCGCAGAUCGUAACGCUAGUUAAAACCAGCCAAGGUAUGACGGUGCAGACCUUACCGAAAAUGAACGUUCUUCAGAAAGGAACGUCGAUGGCCGGAACUCUUCAACAGCAGCAGAUUGUCACUUCCAAUAUCAUCGGCAGCAGUGGCACUAUUCAGCAGGGCGGCCAAAAAACUGCUGUCAUCGGUGGUAACGUGGUUAAGCUGAUGUCUUCAACCGGAACGAUAGGCGGAAAACAGAUUUUAAUGAAGAAUCCUAACAUCGUGCAAGUAGGGAAAGUCGGCACGAAUGUUGCUGGCAAACCAACACUCGUUAUUACGAAUAAAGCUGGUCAGCAAAUUCGCAGUAAUCAACAGGUGAUAGUAAUGACAUCGCCCCAGGGUAUCCGUACGGUAGGUGGAACCAUAACGUCGUCUGCCAACAAUUACGUUACACUCUCGACCUCGCAAAUGAUGAAUACGAUUACAACUUCUCGUGCCACCAACAUCGGAGGGGCCACCAUUUUGCAGGCUGGCACAGCUGGUGGCGCAGGAACUACCGCUAAUAUUGGUGGUCAGGCAAUCAAACUCCGAGCUGUGCAAGGCGGUAAACCGAUUACCUUCACCGUUCCGGUUGGGGGGCUUCAAGCGGCCGGACAGAAAAUCAGUGGAACGCAAAUUAUCAACAUGCCACAGAAAGCGCUCACUAUUGGCGGUAAAGCCGUAACCGUUCAGCUUGCUCCUUCGGCGGGAGGACAGAAAACGGUCACCAUCGUUCCUUCUUCUGCUGGUACGGGUGGUGGAAUCGGAACAGUUGGUACUCCUGGACAGCAGAAGAUCGUCAUGUUACCUUCGAAAACGACGACACGAAUCGUAACCCAACAACAGUAUCAGCAAAUACAACUCCAACAGCAACAGGCUCAACUUCAACAGCAGCAGCAACAGCAGCAACAACAACAACAACAGCAAGAACAGGUGUCCACUGAUGCCGCGUUCGCUGCAUUAGCUGCCGAAGCCGGGCUGAUUGAAAAUGAUGGCGAUCAGAUCGAACAAAUGGACGGUUGUUUCGAUUUGUUUGAAGAAGACGAAGAAAUGGAAACAGACCAGAAACAACAAAUAGUUUGGCCGAUCAUUGAGCAAAUGGACGGUUGCAAUGAUUUGUUGUUCUCGGACGAUGAGGAAGACAUUGACAUGAAGGAAACUCCCAGGGGGACCCCUCGAUUCGUGCGUUUGGGUUUGUUUGGAGGAGCGGCUGCAUUCGAUAAUCAGAAUCCCUCGGACGAUGCGCAGGAGGAAAAUCAAGAUCCACUAGCACAACCAGAAACGAUACCAGCUACCGAUGAUGAUGCUGCAGAAACCUCAGACAUAAACGAUCCCGAACCACAGACACAGGAUGCUGCCAGUGCGCCGGAACAAAUGGAUCAAAGUCAGGAAGAAUCGACAACAUCAUCGACCGCAGCAGCAGAAUUGCCACCGUCGGAUCCAAUACCAGAAGAGGCGAGUUCGACGAUAUCCUUGGACGAGCAGGAACAACAACCACAACAACCGUUGCUUGCAACGGAGGAAGGUGGUGACGAAAAUGAUGUUGGUACCGUCGAAUCUAUUGCUGCUGCUGGAGCUGCUGAGCCAUUACAAACACCACAGACAACGGAAGCUGAAGGUGGAGUCACUUCCAUUGAACCAUCAGCGGAUGUAUCCAUGCCGGAUGUCACUCCCAGUGGCGAAGAUGAACCGGUAGACAAUGCAUCCUUCAGUAAUGCGGUGGAUGACGGCACAGCUGCAACGGAACAGCAAGAAUCGUCGGAAAAAGACCCUACCGGUGCCGUUGAAUCGACAGCAGAAGAGGAUAACGUCACGGCACUGUUGAAUGCAAGUUCCGUUGUAACUACAGCAACCGACGGAACGACUCAACAACUGAUGGACACCGACGGCAGUGCCGCUACUAUGGCCACCAUGAUGGUCAGUGUGAACAGUGCUCCCACGGCUUCCGAAACCGAAGCCGCUAACAUUCUCACUACGAUCAAAAGCGGAGAGCUGUUGUCGUUGCAAAACACCGACUUACUAGCGGCAGCCGGGUCCGGUGGGGACAACAUCAUUCAACUGAACAGCGGAUUGUUGCAGACAAGGGGAACCAUCGAUGAUUUUACACGCUCUAUGUCGAUCACAUUCAAAUCUACCGGUACAAGUAACGAACUGACUCCGGUCACAGCUGACGGGAAUCAAUUUCUUACACAAAUUUCCAGUGGUGCCAUGGUAAAAUCAGAGGAAACUUCUGCCGGUUCGGGUGGUCAUUUGGAUGCCCUGGCCGAGGCGGCCGCUUCAGCUACAUCCGUACCGUCCGAACUGUUGAGUACACCAAAUCCAUCGAAUGCUUCGUCUUCAUCUUCGCCCUCGGGGGCACUGACCAUUGCUGUGGCAUCUCCCCAACAGCAACAAUCGACAACGACUACGAUAAAAUAUUUCGAUGCUAAUUCGAAACAAUUUACGCUGUCUUCGCCAUUACUUCAGUCACCGGUUAAUCCUCCAGCUAACAUUCUGAGCAACAGCAACGGCACUAACGUUACUCCAAGUGUUCCCACAGUGGUGACUACCAUCCAAGGUAGCACAGCUGUUACCACACCCAAAGGAACGACUCUGGCAAAAACGGGUCGCGUUGCUUUGAAAACGAAAGAUGAAAAAGAAGAUACCAAAAUCGUGAGGAUAAAGGAUGAAUCAGAGAAAUGGUACACCGUCGGUGUCUUCAAAGGUCUCUCGCACACCGUAUCGAACUACGUAGACUUUGACGAGUGGAACUGUCUGUACGAUGGUGAAACAUUAACUGCCGACAAUCUGCCCGACUUGAGCAAGUUCAAACGGAUAAACCUGGAACCUGGUUGUGCUUAUCGGUUCCGUGUCGCCGCCAUCAACAGUUGCGGUCGGGGUGAAUGGAGCGAUGUGGCACCGUUCAAAACCUGCCUACCGGGCUUCCCGGGAGCACCGUCGGCCAUAAAAAUUUCCAAAUCGCCCGAAGGUGCGCAUCUGUCCUGGGAACCCCCGCCAUCGACGACCGGUGAUAUCUUGGAAUAUUCGGUCUACCUAGCGGUGAAGUCACAGAACACCAAGGAUAAGAGCAACCAGUCCGCACAGCUCGCAUUCGUGCGGGUUUACUGCGGACCGAACAACCAGUGCACCGUUCCGAACCAGUCACUGCUUACGGCCCAUGUCGAUUAUACCUCCAAACCGGCGAUAAUAUUCCGCAUUGCCGCCCGAAACGAUAAGGGUUACGGUCCGGCAACCCAAGUUAGGUGGCUGCAAGAUCCUCAGUCGGCGAAGGGCACUCUCGGAACGGGAACGGGUACGGGUUCUUCCCCGUCGGCAGCGAAACGGCUCAAUGACAAAAGUCCUUCGACUACGGCGAAACGUGCGAAAACCGGAGGCAACGCAUCGAUGAUUGUUUCUCCCAGCUCGAUGCAACCGCAUUGAACAUAAAUUUAGAUAAUAUAAAGACGAUUAAAAAAUGAUUCAUAACAUUGUGUAAAAAGUCAACCAGCUAGCAGUUAAGCGACAGAUACAGCAAAAAAGCAUAUAAUGAACGCAUUAUGAGUUACUGGCAGUGUGUAAGAUUUAUUCUGAUAGUUUGUGUGUGAUAGGUGGGAAUUUUUUUUUCCAUAUAAACGAACUCAAGCUCGAAGUGUGAGUUUUUUGUUUCUAAUAUUUGGAUGAUUUAUAACCCAAAACUUCAAAUCCAUAACACACAGGUCUUGGAUUUACACAAUUGUAUGAGUGCGAAAGUGUUGAAUUCACGUAAUGUGGGAAAUAAACUAUUAACCAGUUUUAAGACAAGAGAAACGAUAAAUAGUUAAUGAUAAUCUUAUAACUAGCAUUCAGUAAAUCUUUAGAGAAAAUUAGGUUAAAUUACAAGAUUUUCUCCUUCAUUUUUUAUGAUUAAUCGAAAGCAAAUGAAUCGACGAUUAUGAGGCAGUAAGAGUAGGGCAACGGAAAAUUUCUCUAAAACUAGAAUGUAUUGCUUUGAACAUGUGUUAGCUUAUCCUGGUUGCAUGUUUUGAUUUGAUGAAUGACAAAAACUAAAAACGAUCGAUAUCAAUUGCACUACAUUGAGCCAGGGCGAAAAAGCUUAUCGAAACGAUAAACAUAAUUGUUUGAGCUGUUGGAAAAAUAUUCAAAAGAAAAAUUCGCUAAGUUCGUUAUUUGCGUGCACGAAUCACAUUUCAUUUUUCUUCAUAAUUUUCGUCGAUAGUCUAAGUUUUUUUUAACUAAUCGUAAGCAGUGUGUACAAAGCAACAAAAUGAAACGAAUAAUCCGAAAUAAUGAUUAACUCUUUCUAAAAGAAUGUAGAACUUUGAAAUAUAGUGACAAAAUAUAGGUAAAACCCUCUAUUAUACAUAAAGAGUGUGUGGAAAUUAUAUAAACCUUAUAUUAAUACGAAUAUAUAAAACCACUAUUACAAUAAUGGUUUUAAUCUAUUUUCUACUGAAGAAAAGAAAUUUGAACUUUGAAGCGUAAUUUCUGUCUGUGUCCAGGUAGUGAAGGAAUUCUGUCGAUUUCACUUUGUAAAUAAUUAAAAUUACAAGGGCUUCUUUCGUAAUAACAUUCAUUCGGAAAAAAUAAUAAAAAGAUAUUUGUUAACAGUAA